UAUGGGACAUGCUCGGGAUGCUGGACAUUGUCGUCGUCGUCGUCGCUCGCACGCGCGCCCGCCGAACACCUCGGCGCAAAUUUCUUUCCACGUCGUGAUCCGCGCGAUUAUUGAUUUUUUCGCUCUUUAAUUUCGGCGCAUCGCGCCCUACGCGGCGAUACUCGUACCGUGGGAAUCAUGACUCGUCCGUGGGUUCCAAGUGCGUGCGACGAUAACGUGGACAGGCGACGUGCCCGGGAACACGGCGUCAUGCGUAUCGACCCGCGGCGCGAUUUUUGGUUUUCACGGCGAUCGAGAUAGUCUAUUUUGUAGGCGCGCUCGUUUUCCUUCCCCGCGACGUAGACUUGCCGCACUUUAAAUUGAUGAAUAAUAAUAUUCAAGCCGUUGUAUGAAUUAAAUGUUGCAAUCAUGUCGGGUAAUGUAGCAACCAUAAAGUUGGAAGAGGGGCAAGAAUCUGUUACGGAGAUACAAACUUAUCUCGAGACAUUUAAUAAAGAGAUAGAGGGAGGACAAGGCGAACAGUUGCAACAUGUACAAUUGCAACAAGUGGAGGGAUUGUCCGGUGGAGAGGAAGGUGGCACGUACUUUGUUGAUCAGUCUGGUCAGUAUUAUUACCAGGCGAACAGUGACGAGGCACCUGUAAUGACGCAAGUGCAAAUCCAAGAAGUAGAGGAAUCCGAUGUGCAGAACGAAGGUGAACUCGCGCAGAUGAAUGCGGCUCAGGAUGAGCAGUAUCAGGAGAUCGAAGAGCUUGAGAACGUCGAGGGUGACGAGGAUGAACAAGUGGGAAACGGCGAAAAUAAUCAAGUUGUGAUCAAUUCCGGCGAUGCAUAUCAAACCGUCACGAUAGUACCAUCGGACACGAAUCCUGGAGAGGUCAGCUAUGUCUUGAUAGUUCAGCAACCCGAGGCGGACGAGAAGGAGAGCAAAUCCGUGGAGGGUGAAAUAGCAACGGCGACGGCAACUGGUGAGGGGGAGGAGGCGGAAGGCGAACAAGAUCUCACUGUAUAUGACUUUGAGGACAACGAGGAUAAUGAAGCUCCAGUGGAAUCCGAGACGGAGGAUGACAAGACCAAGAUCGUCAAGUUCCUUCCGAAGAAAUCUCAGACGGUCACGCAGGCCCAUAUGUGCAAUUACUGCAACUACACCAGCCCAAAACGAUAUCUUUUGUCACGGCACAUGAAAUCCCACUCGGAGGAGCGACCGCAUAAAUGUAGCGUUUGUGAGAGAGGAUUCAAGACUCUGGCUUCGCUGCAGAAUCAUGUCAACACUCACACCGGGACCAAGCCUCAUCGUUGUAAAUUUUGUGACAGCGCAUUCACAACCUCUGGUGAACUUGUGAGACACGUCCGAUAUAGACACACUCAUGAAAAACCGCACAAGUGUCACGAGUGCGAUUACGCAUCUGUCGAGCUAUCGAAACUGAAGAGACACAUUAGAUGCCACACAGGCGAGCGGCCCUAUCAAUGUCCGCACUGUACAUAUGCCAGUCCCGAUACCUUCAAGCUUAAGCGUCAUCUUCGUAUUCACACUGGAGAGAAGCCGUACGAGUGCGACUUCUGUCAGGCGAGGUUUACCCAAUCCAACAGUCUGAAGGCGCAUAAAUUAAUACAUAAUGCAGGCAAUAAACCAGUAUUUCAUUGCGAGUUAUGUCCAGCCACGUGCGGUAGAAAAACCGAUCUCAGAAUUCAUGUACAGAAGUUACACACGUCGGACAAGCCGCUCAAGUGCAAGCGUUGCGGAAAAACAUUCCCGGAUAGAUAUAGCUACAAGUUACACAGCAAGACGCACGAAGGUGAGAAAUGUUACAAGUGCGACUUGUGUCCCUAUGCAUCCAUAUCGGCGCGUCAUUUAGAAAGUCACAUGCUCAUCCACACCGAUCAGAAGCCGUAUCAGUGCGAAAAUUGUUUCCAAUCGUUUAGACAAAAGCAAUUACUCAAACGGCAUAGCAACCUCUACCACAACCCCGCUUACAUUCCGCCACCACCGCAAGAGAAGACGCAUCAGUGUCCCGAGUGCGAGAGAGCGUUUAGACACAAAGGAAAUCUUAUUCGACAUAUGGCUGUACACGACCCUGAGUCAUCUCUGCAAGAGAAACAGCAAGCUCUCAAGAUCGGUAGACAGAAAAAGAUCCAAAUUAUCGAUGGCCAGCGCGUUGAAGUAAUGACAGGUUACGAUGAUGAUGAAGAGGAGGAAGAGGAGGAGGAAGAAGACAUGAUGGCUGUCCAGGGUAGCGACGGCCAGCAGUACGUCGUGCUAGAAGUGAUUCAGUUAGCUGACAAUCAAGGAACCGAACAAAUGACAGUUGCGACUGAAGAUGGAGAACUAGUGAUGCAAGAUCCCUUAAGUCAAGAAAGUGGUAUAGUAACAGGCACUGGCGAAGAAGUUGAUGAAGUAGAAGAGGAAGCUUUGGAAAUGCAGGACUUGAAGAUAGAGGCCGUUACCCCCACCGCAUCUAAAGCUUCAACGCAGAAUACCCAAAGCGAUCCAAAGCUGCAGAAAGAAAUGGAAACUUGCUUUGGCUUUGAUGAAGUAAGUGAGGAAGAGGAAGAAGAAGAAGAAAAUAGUGGUAGUAUAAACAUAUUACAGACAAUUUCGUAAUAAUAAAUAUUUCGUAAUAAUAAGAAGAAAAUCUACCUACCUUAUUAGCCCAAUGUUUUAUUCCCAGUGUUAGUGUAUGUAUUUUCAAACAAAAAAUAAGGAAGCAGUCACGACACAACGUAAAUGUGUACAGAAAAGAAUCAAUCAGUGCAGUGUAUUGUCAUCUAAAAGUACUUUGUACAGCUCUAAUAGAGCUGCUUUUUGGAACUGCAGUGUGAUCCAUAUGCAUGGUACAAGAACUUUUUUUGCCACUAGUGCAUUAGGUACACAUAAUAAUUUAUAAAGAUAUUGUAGUGACGUGGUAGCGAAGUAAAACGCAAAUGUAUAAUUAUGAUAUUGUAAAAAAGUAUAUAAUUCACUUUAUCAAGAACUUCUUAAAACUGACAUUAACAAACUUAAGAUUAUAUAUGUUAUUAAUAAGGAAAAAAUUAUAUUAAUAAGAUAUAUAUAUAAAUAUUAUGUGCGUAUACAUAUACAUGUGUGUACGUAUAUAUACGGAGCGUUUCAGAGAGAAAGGUUUCUUAUUUUCUGGGAGAUGAUAGUAUCGAGUAUCGGACAUUUUAAGCAAAAUGUUCGUAUGAAUCCUAUUCCAAACCAAGUUUCCGGGAUACAUAUGUAUUAUUUGAAUAUGAUGUAGUUGCAAAAUUAUUGAUGAGAGAAAGAGAUACCAUGUACUAAUAUCUAUUGUUCAAGUGUUCAUUGUUUCACAUUUUUUUACAUUAUUUUAUUGUUCACAUUUUUUUAGUUUAUAAUAAAUUUUUAAAAAUUCAAAUGUCCGAUAUCACCUCCAAGAAUAUUGACUUUUUUUCCUGGAGCGCGCACGCACACAACCUGUGUAUAUAUGUGCAUGUAUAUGUGUACCUGUGUACACAUACACAUAUAUAAUCUUGGCAUAAUAUUUUUAAACAAAUUUAUUUAAAAUAUCUACAGAGUAUAGUCUACAGUAUAUAAUCUCGUCUACAGUAUAAAAGCUCGUUAUGAUUUUUGUUAAGAAAACGAGCUAAUAUCAGUUUCGUUAAAAGUUUACGAAGCUAAAGUUAGGAAGACUAAUACGCAUUGUGUAAAUAAAUGCUUAUUAUUGCAUCUUGAUUUAAGGAUUUUAAAAUUACAGUAUAUAAAUGAAAAAAAAUAUCAAGAAAGAAAACAAUGUGAGCUUUUGAGUUACGUGAAAAAUAUUUUGUAUUUCCUCUUGUAGCCAAUUUUUCUUAUGUUUAUAAAAGUUGAGAAGUAGUAUAGAACAAGAGAUAGAGAGUGAGAGAAUUACAGAUCGUAAGUUGAAAUUUGUUGGUUUCAUGGAAGACCAUGCGUGUCCAUCACACGUGGAAACUUUUACGUAAUGUUAUUAGUAGUGCAAUUGGAAAAGAGAUAAUGCAUUUUGUUAAAUAAAUUAAUGCGAAGUCGUGCUAAUCUGGAAUAAAAAUUGUACAUUUUUUCGGCAGCCACCGCAGAUGAUGCAUUAAAUCGAAACAUCGAAAGAGAUCAUUUCCUAAGUAACUAAUUAGGUGAUAUCUUGUGCAUAACAUUUUUUAAACUGUUGUGCAUAUUGAUAUAUUAUGUUUUUAUUAUAUGAAAUAAAAACAUUUCAUAAACGCAUUAAAUAUGAUUUAUAGAAAGAAAUUAUUAUUGCAAAUUCACUGUUAGAUUUCUGCUCGAUAUACUAUAUAAAGCUAUCGCGAGUUAUAUUUCACAUCUUAUGCUAAGUAAUCUUUGAUAAUAAUACAAUAGAUGCAACUGUUUAAUCACAACCUCGCACAUAACAUGUCCAGUUUAAGAAAGGAUAAUAUUGGACAAGAAGCACAUUGUUAAUGAUUUUGUGCUUUGUAUUUGCUGAACAAUAAUUAUCACACGUUUUAGUAGAUCGUUCUGUGUCAUUUCAGAAUACAUAUUAUAUAAUAAUGAGACCGUUGCAUUAAGAGAUAAAAUGCACUCAUGUCUUUUUACAAGAAAGUUUACGGCACUCCAAUGAAACCGAUAAUUUUCCUAACAUUUUUAAGUUAAUAAACUGAAUAUGUUACAUAUAUAUAUAUAUCUCUAUGCCUAUCGAACGAACAGAAUACUAUAUAUAAUUGAUGCUCGUACAAUGUUGCUCACAAAAUAAGUUAUUCCGCUUACCUGGUAGAUCACGCGAGGUAAGCGAAAUGAAUAUUGUAAAAAGUAUGUAUGUACAAUUUUUUUUACACACACACACAUACACACGAAUUGUACAAUUGUAAUUUAGUGAUCAAUUUCUAUAUGCUGUUUAAAAUUCUGCACUUUCUUACAAUUAUCCCAAAGAAAAAAAAGCGAUGUAACUUUUUCUCGAUAAUAAACAUUAUGUCGUCGACAAUA